AUGAGCAGUACUGAAGGUAUUCCAAUACGCCGACUUGUUGUACAUGAUCCAAAAGAUAUGCCACUUCAUUAUGGCGAAACACCUGGUGGCAGUAUUUUUUCAACAACUCCAGGGGGCACUCGUAUUUAUUAUGAUCGAGCUUUUUUACUGUCUCGUCGUGAUUCACCCAUGACACGUUCACCACCUCAUUUACCCUAUAUUCCUGAAGUUACAUUAAUUCCGGAACCGGAAAAGCAUGACGUUGUUGAAAAUGGUGUUAAGACAGACAAAAAAGAAAAACCAGCAUCAUCGGUUGAUAAGUCGAAUUUGUCAACAACUGUACAACAACAAUCAACAUCGGCUAAGAAAGAAGGUGAUGAUCAAUUUUCAAUGGAUAUGUGA